UACAAUCUGCACGGUAUGUCAGACAAGGAUAUUCCGUAAUGUGACAUCAGUCAAGUGCAACACCUGGGGGGCUAUUCUCUGUUGCGAUUCUAAAAGCAAAAUAUCAGAAUUCAUACAUUUGACACUGUAAAAGCGAUCUUCGAAUUUCUUUUUUUCCCUUUUUUUGCUUUUUCGCAUUUGUGGCACUCUGUAUCGCGAAAUGAAAUGUCAAAAGCUUUCGAAAGUGGCAAAUUUUAUUCGACAACUGCCUAGCGCGCGCAAAUCAAGCGAAAAUGGAAUCCAACGAUAAAACGGCACACACCAAACUUGCGCAGUUCGAAUUAAUGGUGGAUUUUAUGGAAGAACAUCCGCAGUUGGCCAAAGGGCAGUUAAAGACUUCCAAUGCCAAAGCAAGUGCCAACAUUUUGUGGAAGCGGUUAAUGGAGGACCUCAAUAGUUGUGCACAACCUACGCGUGAUGUGGCUGGGUGGAAAAGAGUAUGGGCUGACUAUAAGAACCAUCUCAAAGCUAAAAUGCGAAGGAACAAACAAAGUAAUUCCAAUACGGGUGAUGGACCGUCUAGGUAUCAACAUUUCACACCAGUGGAAGAAAGAGUCAUUCAAUUAAUGUCUAUUGAUGAGGCGGUGAGUGGCAGUAGUAACUCCGAGAGAUUUGGUUCCGUUGAUUGUGGUGUGGAUCACAACAUGUGAGUGGAUGAAACAUCUUACACUGUAGACAAAAGUACUCCGGUGCAUGAUGAAAGUUUCGUGUAGAACCCAGUGACACCAUGUCCUCAGUCUGCAACACCGCUUCGUCAGUCUGCAACACCACGUCGUCGGUCUGCAAUGAAUCUAGUUGGACACGAGCAGCUCUCAAAGAAGCAAGUGGAGAAUCAAAUACUCUACCAAGAGAAUUCUAUUAACAAGCUCAAUGAAAUACAUUCCUUUUUAAAAGAUAUUAACAGAAAUUUAGGAAAAACGAGAGAAAUUGAAGAAAAUAAAUAUAAAUUACUUAAGCUAAAAUUUGAGCACGAGCAGAAGAUUAAUAUUGAAAACCUCGAACUUAAGCGCGAGAAGCUAAACAUAAAAAAGGAAAUGCUCCAAAUUAGUCGGUCUUAAAGAUUAUUAUUGUACCUUACAUAUUAUUAUUAUUGUCACUCAUUAUUUAUGUAACUUAACUGUUAAUUGGCAUGUACUUAUUAUUUUUAUAACUUAACUGUGACUGAUGAGCUCAUAACUUCGUCGCAUUUGGCCUGCUAAUAGCAUUGCUUUUCGAAUCGCAAUAGAGAGUAGCCCCCCUGCCUUGGCUGGUGCCACUUUAGGGCAUGCUCAGGUCUGCACACGACGCGAGAUUGGACGAGGAACUUCGAGGGCCCGUGUUGCGACGCUCGGUCGCAGAUCUCAACUGCGACGCCAUCCACCACCACCACAGGGCGGCAACCACCUCAGCAGCGCACACAGCCAAUGGCGUCACCGCCACACACAUCUCCCACACCCCGCAUCACCACACGUCUCCCGAACCACAUGAAUCUCCUUCAAUUUAACUGUAACGGCGGGCUACAGAGCAAGAUC